AAAAUAUUUUAAAAAAUGGCUUCUAUUGCGACAAAAAUUUGUGCCAACAUCUCUCGAAACGCGAUUUUAACAAAAUUCGUCCCCAAUUAUGCUGCUCGAGCAAUGUGCACUGUCGUCAUGAAACACAAGCCGACAGAUUUUGAGAAAAAAGUGCUCGUUUGGGCCAAAAAAUACAAAAAUGUCAACGAAGUUCCUGAAAUUAUGGAUUUGGAAACUGUUCAAAAGGCUCGUGGUCGUGUUUUAGUGAGAAUCACCAAUUAUGCCAUUCUUUUAACGGGAGGAGUGCUUCUCUACAUGGUCUACAACGGGCAUAACGAUCAAACAGCCCAUAAAACUCUCGCUGACGAGAAUAUGCAGUGGCAUGAACAAAACAAUAAAGCACCUGGCGGAACUUCAGCCGAAUAUUUUGACAAAUUAUCCAGCGAAGGACGAUCCAGAGAGGAGGCAGUCAAAAUAACAAUGUCAUCCACGAUAAAGCUCUGUUCGAUCCUCAUUUCGCGCAAUUCUCUUAAAACCUUCUCUCGAACAGCUCUUCAACGCCGUUUAUGUUCCAACAGUACGAAUAAGCCAUCGUCGGUGCCAGUCAAACCGAGUGAAUUCGAAAAGAAAAUGAUGGUUUUUGCCCGAAAGUACAAAACUGUCGAAGAAAUUCCUGAAAAGCUCCAUCCGGAUGUCAUAGAACUCGCUCGUAAUCGUGCCCGUAUCAGGUUCGCCAACUAUUUGAUUGUAAUAAUUCUUAUGGGAUGCUGUGUCUCGGUUUUUAGUGGCAAAAGAUCAGCGGAACUGGGUGACACUGUGCACAAGGCGAACGUCGAUUUCCACAUUGAUUACAACAAAAAGGCGAAAUCUGAGGAGGAAUAUGCAUCGAAAUUCGAACAAAUGGUAGCUCAAGGAGAAAAGAGGAAAUAAUUGUUGUUGAUUUAAUUCAAAAACCACACAAAGGAGGAAAAAAUUUUGUUGAACAAAAAAAUUUUUUGUGUUAAAAUUUUUAUUUAGAAGCAAAAAAAAAUUAUGAAAAAAAAAAUUUAGAAUAAAAUUCAAGUAAAAUUU